AUGCCUCGACCGCCAGCUAGACGGGAUCGUCGUCGAAACGGUACUGACCCUGCAGAAGCCGUUGCGGCACGCGACUUCAAACAAUCCGACGAGGGUAAUUUUGCGGUAGUUAUACCAAAGUUGAAUCACACACAAGCUCCUAAGGGACAAGAAGGUAAUCCUAAAAAAAUAUCUCGGGAAGGCUCUAGGGAGAAUUCACGUGGAACAGCUUACAUCCAGAGAGCUGAACCGGUGGUCGAUGAAGAAGGUGAUCUGGGAGCAGCAAGCUACCAAGUGCAAACGCCCGUCUCUAAACUUCAAAAUGGCACCACCGACUUGCCGCCUCUGUUUGACUGUAUCUCUUCCGCCGCAGGAAAACCCUUCCUUCCCGGUAGAGGGGACACAAGUUCUAGAGUACAAAAAUUCGGAACUCCGGCUUUUGAAAGCUCGAUGCUUAGCAAUUUUAGACGACGGCCCAGGCAGCCCAGCAUCCUUCAAAUGAUGCACACUGAUCGGUCGUCCGAGCUUGAUGAUGAUGAUGAUGAUGAUGAUGAUGAUGAUGAUGAUUUGCUUGCCAGUUUCAACCCUGAUGAUGAAUCAACUCCGCUAAAAUUUCCCAACCGCAAAAGUAUACCCCAUGACGCUGUAUCUUCACCGCCUUCUACACCGCGGAAUUUAUCUCCUACGAGCUUGAGAAACAUAAAGUUACACCCCAAGGUCCAGGUGCAGGUUUCUCGAUCUCCCGAUCCAUCCGAGCGUGCAAUUGCUCCCGAUGAAAAUACCGACAACAGUGCGUCUGAAGAUGACCUACUGCCUACCCCAAGAAGGGUGCAGUCGCCAGAGCUUCCCGAACUUUUAAGUCAGACAAUGAUGCCACCAGAGAGCAGUCCGGUCUCUAGUGUCGAGAAAAAUCGAUCUGAUACCGCAUAUUCUGAACACCCAGCAAAUGGAAGCUCCUCCCCUGGCACCCAAAAAGCGACAGAAAGGCAACUUCCCAUGAUUUGCAAACCCCGGAUUUCUACUGCCUCUCUGAGAGAAAAUUUGCUGCCUCAACGGCGAUUUCUGCAAAAACAGCGUGCAUCAAACCGCACACUCACCUCAGAUGACAUCGAAAAUGAAAACUGUUUCAAUGACUAUUCCGGCGCAUUUGAGGCGGAUCGGGAUGAACUGAGCUACCCGGUGUCAAGGGUUAAAAGGCGAAAGGAUAAAACAGGAAUGCCAGAAGCUAGGAAAGGUACAGGAAACAAGAAACAAGCCAGCACAGACAGGAGUAUCCAGGGCCGACGACAGACACCAGCGAUAAAAUCAGCUAAUAUUCGACCUUCCAAGAAUACACAUUUAGCCCACUCCAAAAAGGGCGACGAGAUCACUUGUUUCUCGCUCGGCAGCCGUGAAGCACUUGCGGAUAAGGAGAACCAAUCGAGCCACACGGUAUCCUCUCCACCACUGGACUCCGAGGAGCGGUUUUCCGCUACUGAUAUUUCGCCGCCAGCAUCAGAACGCGUCUUUUUAAGUGAAGAACUCAUGCAACAAGCACGAAAGUUCGCUGAAAUUAGCCUGUGGCCCUUAGACUUUGAAGAUGCGACAGUGGUAUCAGGUCAGAGCAGCCCAUUCCAGUAA